ACAGGCCUCUAACGGCUUUAUUGUAGCGCAUCAUGCCCGGGUGCCGCGGGACUGCAGGGCAGGAUUCUGCUGACGGGUCCAACGGAACCAUGGAAACCCAGGGACCGGGCCGGAGGAGAACCCCGAACCGGGACAAGCAGAGCGCAGAAGACGACGCGCUGACGCAGAUAGCACGUGAGGCCGAGACUAGGCUGGCGAUGAAGCGAGCGGCGAGAGCCGAGGCCCGAGAGAUUCGGAUGAAGGAGCUGGAGAGACAACAAAAGGAGCUGUUUCUUAGUCACAAGAGGUGUUACGGCGUGGAGAACAAGUGGGGGCACAUCGAGCAGUGGAUGGAGGACACUGAGCGCUACUCUCGCUUCUCUCGGAGACACACUUCGGUGUCGGACGAUGAAGAAAAGAUGUCUGUUGGAAGCCGCAGCAGCCUUAGGCCCUCAGACUACAGCAGCUUCCUGGGUUCUGGUUCCCGGGCCUCCUCCAGGGCCAGCUCAGCUCGUGCCAGCCCUGUGGUGGAAGAGAGGACGGACCGGGACUUCAUGGACAAAGGCUCCAGGACCGCAUCAACACUGUCAGCAGCCACUCUGGCCUCUUUGGCUGGGGUUUCAUCUCGCAGAGAAAGCUGCGACACGUCCUUUUCCCUGGAGAUGGAGGCGUCACUCAGAGAGAUGAAGGACUCGCUGACAGAGGCAGAGGAGAGGUACCGCCGGGCAAUGGUGUCUAACGCUCAGCUGCACAAUGACAAGACUACACUGAUGUACCAGGUAGAGACGCUGCGGGAAGAGCUCAGCGACACAGAGGAGCUGCUGUGGGAGGCCCGACGGCACAGCGACAACACCAGCAAGGAGCUGGAAAGAGAGCGGCACUCUCACAGCAUUCUGAAGCUGCAGUUCAGAGACCUGAAGGACAUGCUGAAGCAGACUGAGGAGCUGCUGACGGAAGUGUCUGAUUUGCGCCAGAAGAAUAGUGCUCACUGUCAGGAUGUCUCUGACCUGCAGGAGGCGCUGCAGUGGAAGGAGAAAAAGAUUGGGGCAUUAGAACGGCAGAGAGAAAUCUCUGACAUCAUUCGGAUCGAGCGUGACCGGCUCAGAGACGAGGUUGUUCAUCUGCGAGAUUCUCUGAAGAAACAUGGAUUCGAACCAAGAGAUGCCAACGAUGGAGUUUCAGUUGAGGGCGGGGCUGAGGAUAAUGUCAGCACAGAGUCUGGUGGGCAGCUAGCGGAGGAAUGGGCUGACAGCAACAGAGAAAGCACGCUUGGAAAAGCGUCCCCGGGUCCGCCAGCAGAGGGCAGGCAACUCUCUCAAGAAGAAAUUAAACGUCAGCAUGGGAGGGGCGCCAAAGGCUUUCAGCCUCCAAGCUUGACUCCCACUGUUAAAACUGUGAAGCAGAGCAUGGAGCACAAACAUCAACACAGGCUUGAGGAGACCAAAAAACAAAAGAACAAAAGAGAAAAGAACCCUGCUAGGAGGUGUCCACCAAGACCCGACGGACACCCCCCUGCCAAAACUCCAAUGAAAGACCAAACUAUUUUAGCUGAUGGCACAGGGUCCACUGAGAAAGUUUUCAAAUCCAGAUUAGUUCCCCCUCGACCUGUUAAAGACAUUCUUCUAGACCACAAAACCACGGUACUGAACCUCUCAGCUUCUGGAAGCCGGAACCUUCUUCCUGAAGAGAAGAAACCACCUGCAGAAGAAAUGAACUUUUCUGUUGGAGGUGCUGAACAGAGUUUUCCUUUAACUGCUCUGGAGAAAGAAGGACUGAUGAGCAGCAGCUGGAGGAGCUCAGUGGAGGAUGCUGCUUCUAACAUGUCGUCCUUUAGCAAAGAGCAGCAAGAGACAUGUGACGUUUGUCUACAGACCCCAGGGAGCUGUCUGAAGGAACGGGAACCGGAUGGGAUUGAUGAAGAAACUGUACAAGAGAAAGUAGGGCCGACAACAUGGCCUGCAGGAACUGAAGACAGUUACUUCAGCAGGGAAAUCAAUCAUUUAGGUCAUCCUGAAGUUCAGAGCCCUGAAACGAAACUAGAACCUGAAGGGGAUGGUCCGCCUCAUUCUAGAAGAUCAGGAAUCAGAAAAUCCCUCAAAGAUUGGAGGAUCCAUGAGGCCAGAGCCAAUCAAAUCCUCAGAGGUUGUUUUGAACAACACUCUGGGCAGGUAUCAGACAGCAUGUUUGCUGCUCUGAGGAACACUUUUCAAGGAGAACUUCAAGGAUUGGUCCAUCACUGGGGCUCUGUAACUGAAAUGACAAAAGUCUUGUCAGAAGUUCUUAUUGCUCUUCACAAGUGGAUCAUAGAUCUGGACCACCUGAUGACCGGUGGAGGGGAGUUGGACAGACAGGAUGUAGGACCAGAAGGAUCAAUGAGACAUAUCUCCAGUCUCUCAGCAGAAGGAUGUUUAAUGUAUUGCAGACCAAAUCAACUCCGAGAAGACCCUGCAUGUUUGGAAGUUCCCUUCGCUGGGCAGGCUACAGCACUGAAGUCAGAUCCAGUGAUGCUACAACCUUCUGGAUCCACAGACCAGGAAGAGAAACAGACCAUACAUGAAAAUUCCAAGAUUAAACGCUCUCAAGAAGAGGAUUUUGCAGACCAUCCUGCCGUGUCAAAAUCUGCUGCUUCAGAGACAGAAAGCUUCACUGAAGAUUUUGUCUUUGUUGAUUCAUACUUUGCUGAACCGCUCAGGUCUAGUGUCAGCAAGUCUAAACCUCACCUGGGUCAACAGCUUGAGUACCAUAACUACCAUGGUUCCUUCCCACUGUCAGACAACUAUUACCAUAACAGGCAGCAAAGAACAGAAGAUGGGAAUCUUCAUGCCGGACAAAGUUCUAAGGUCAGGAGGCUAAUUGAGACGACCGCAGAGGAAAUCAAAGCCAUGGCGGUGCCAGAGCUUGUGUUGGUUAGUCUACAGGAAGGAAGACAGCUCAACAGACCAUCCUCGUUGAAUUGCAGCUCUCCAGAAGAGCAACUGUCUGGAGAGAUGGACAGCUGUGAGGAGGCAGAUGAGGAGCAGGGUCCACCACCCAGAGAAACACCUGGGAUCAGAAGCAAGACUCUGAAUGAGAAGGAAGUUCAACCAGAGAGCAGCACAAAGCCAGAAGGGGAUCAGGAAGGAGGACCACUGGACCAUAGGAGGGAAGAAGACACUGACUGCAAGCUCUCGUGAGGUCUUUGAUCCUCAGCUUUUGGUGCUGUUCAGGAUCCAACCUUUAUCCAUUAACUGAUGCUCAACAAUCCUCCAUCGUUUUAACCAUCCAACCAAGACACCCUAAGCAACCCAACCCUAAAAGUUUGAAACGUCAAACAUGAGCCAACCUUCAUUACUUCAACCAACCCUCGAAGUUCAAACCAUCCAACCAUGACACCUUAAUCCUUCCGCUCUCUUUGGGGUCCAGAUGACCCCACUUUUAAUGUAAACAGGCCAAGGAGAGCGGAAGGGUUAAACACUCCAACCAUCGACGUUUAGACUAUUAUACCUUUAAUCAUCUAACCUUAAACUAUCUUUCAACCUUCAACUAUGUGAUCAUCAUCCAACCUUCAAAACUUCUAUCAUACAACCCUCCAUCCAGCAACCAUCAAACCAUUCAAACCAGCUACUGUUAAACCCUCAAUCAUCAAACUUCAAACCUUCAAAAACCAUCCAACCCUCAAAUUAUCAGCCAUCAUCCAACCUGUAAAACCUUCAAGCAUCCAACCCUCAAACUUUUCAACACUUCAAUUCUUGAUCAUCAAACCUUCAGCUGUUAUGUAAUCAUCAAACUUUUUAAACCCCCACCUCUAUAACCUUUGAUUAUCAUCUAACCCAAACAUUAGAUUCCAAACUCUAACCCUAAAACCAUCAUUCAACCCAAAACCCUAAACCACCAUCCAACCUUCCACCAUACAGGCUUCCCCACCCACUAGUUAUGAAGUUAUCAGGAAUGGACAGAGACUUUUAAAUCCUCUUAAAAGACUUAAUGAUAAUUUGUUUAAAUUCUGUGAUGGAAAGAUGUAAGCUCACAUGAUGUAUAAAGCAAGGAUUGUUUUGUUGGUAAAAAUAUUCAAUUUAUUUACGUCUAUCAGUUUAUUGGAUGAUAUUCUUUAAAUCAAUAAAAUAGAAGAAAUAUUUAUUCAAAA